CUUCCCUGGUCCUGAAAGUUCACAGACUUCCCAAAGGGUAGAAAAGCAUCGCAGGCUAGCUCGGCUUGCAGCGUGGGCCAGCACAGCACCAGGAGGAGGAAGAGAGGGCUCCCUUGUGGCAAAUCCUGGAGAUGGCCAAAGACGACGCCACUGUUCGUUGCUUCCAGGGCCUGCUGAUUUUUGGCAAUGUCAUUGUUGGUAUGUGUGGCAUCGCGCUGACCGCAGAGUGCAUCUUCUUUGUGUCUGACCAGCACAGCCUCUACCCGCUGCUGGAAGCCACGGACAAUGAUGACAUCUACGGAGCCGCCUGGAUCGGCAUGUUUGUCGGCAUCUGCCUCUUCUGCCUGGCAGUUCUCGGCAUUGUAGGCAUCAUGAGGUCCAGCAGGAAACUUCUUCUGGCGUAUUUCAUUCUGAUGUUUAUUGUAUACGGCUUUGAAGUGGCAUCUUGUAUCACAGCAGCAACACAACGAGACUUUUUCACACCCAACCUAUUCCUGAAGCAGAUGCUGGAGAGGUACCAAAACAACAGCCCUCCAAACAAUGAUGACCAGUGGAAGAACAAUGGAGUCACCAAAACCUGGGACAGGUUCAUGCUCCAGGACAACUGCUGUGGUGUGAAUGGUCCAUCAGACUGGCAGAAAUAUACGUCUGCCUUCCGGGCUGAGAACAAUGAUGCUGACUACCCCUGGCCUCGUCAGUGCUGUGUGAUGAACAAGCUGAAAGAACCUCUCAACCUGGAGGCCUGCAAACUAGGAGUGCCUGGUUAUUAUCACAGUCAGGGCUGCUAUGAACUGAUCUCUGGACCAAUGAACCGACAUGCCUGGGGAGUUGCCUGGUUUGGAUUUGCCAUUCUCUGCUGGACUUUUUGGGUUCUCCUGGGUACCAUGUUCUACUGGAGCAGAAUUGAAUAUUAAGAAUUCAGUGUCACCCUAGUACCACCUUCCCCCCGGGACGCUGGAUUUGGUGCUGGACCCGCUCUCUCCUAAUAUUCCACACGUGUGCCCACAGGUGCACCUGCAUUCUCACUCAAGUUGUCGCGUCAGCUGGUAUUGAGUUCCUUUAGGCUCUCAGGCUCCUGAAAUUCUCUCCACUACUAGGUCUAGGAUUCUGCAACAUUUUUAUAGACUGUAGGAAAGGGAGAAUUUGGAAAUUAUAUAAUAACUGCCCUUGUACCUGUUUAUUUUUAAUUUGGGGGCAUAAAAACAUUCACAGGGACCUGUGUCAUCACCGACAGCCAAGUUUAUAUUUGGACAGCAAAUCUGCCUGUAUUUCUCAGGACUUUCUAAAAGAUCUUCAAAGGCUUUCAGUCAUCUCAGUAUUGGCCAGGUGAGAGAACUAAGGAAAAGGUGCUGAACAAAAGGUGCCUUUUGUUCUCCGGUGGCUUCCAUCUACGGAGACUCAGGUGAUUCUUUUAAUGUCACCUUGGGAUCAUUUUAUUCUCCAGAACAAUAUAUGAUCUUGAGUUAACAAUGGCUGAAAUUUCCUCUUGGACAUUAUAGAGCAAUACGUGUUUAAUAACCUCAAUCUUGCAUUAAUUAAAAGUAUGUAGACUUUUGGGGAGAAAGUAGAGGCCUGUUAUCUAUUUACCAGUCUCAACUGGAAACACCUUUCAAGCAGGGGAGAAACAAGCCAGCUAUUAGAUGGGUGAUUUAUGGUGGUUUUUGUUUACUGUCAAAAUAUUUCUCUUCUGAACUGUUUCCACCUGUGGUCCCGAAGGAAGUUCUUAUAACCCAACAUUUGUCUACUCUUAUAAAGAAGACUUUUAAUAUGUUCACUUUC